UAAAGACAAAUCAAUGUUGCUAUAUAUGUACUAUACAAUUUCCAAUUCCAUUUAAAGCCUAAACUUAAGGUCUCAAAGUUGUAACAGAGUUAGUACUAUUGCUAUCUUCACAAUAACUUCGUGAAUAUACCAAUAUUAUAUAGUACGUUAAAAAAAUCAAAACAAUCAAAACAUGAUCAUGUGGAAACACAAUCAAUUAUGUUUUUGAUUCUCUCUUAAGUUUGGCUCAUUUAGUCAAUUUCAAAGUGUAGGUUUGGAUAUUGGUUGCUUCAUUUUUCUAGAAGCAUUUGGUAUCUUCUUAUAAUGGCUGGUGGACAGAAAACCAAGAGGCUCAGCAAUUCAUGCAUUCUUCUCAUAGUCAUUGCAGGUAUAGAGAGGUUUGCAUUCAAAGGGGUAGCUUCAAAUUUGGUAACUUAUCUAACUGAUGUUGUGGACUUAAGCAAUUCAUCUGCAGCAAAGAUGGUAAAUAGUUGGGUUGGAUUCACUUCCAUAAUGCCAUUGUUGGUGGCACCUAUUGCUGAUGCUUAUUGGGCUAAAUAUUCCACCAUAAUGUCCUCAUCUUUUCUCUAUGUUAUGGGACUUGCAGCAUUGACAACAACAGCCCUAGCAAGAUCAUGGCAUCACAAAAACAGAUCAAUGUCAUCUUCAUUUCUUUCAUUAUCUCUCUAUUUAAUCUCAUUAGGCCAAGGUGGAUAUAAUCCAUCUCUACAAGCCUUUGGAGCUGAUCAACUUGGUGAAGAUGAAGAACUACCUUGUAGUAACACAGAUGAUACAAGUAGCAACAAAAAAGCACUUUUCUUUCAAUGGUGGUAUUUUGGUGUUUGUGCUGGAAGCCUAAUGGGUGUAACAGUCAUGUCUUACAUCCAAGAUACAUUUGGUUGGGUAAUAGGGUUUGCGAUACCUGCGAUUUCGAUGCUUCUUUCUAUCUUGAUUUUCUCUAGUGGAAGCUCUAUAUAUUCGUAUAAAGAACAAGAUGAUGAUGAUCUUCAAGAUAAAAAGCCUUUCACGAAAAUGUUUAAAAGUAUUAAAGAAUCUGCAUUGAAAUGCUUCCAUUGUGAAAUUACUCUACCAAAUGACAAGUCUGAAAAUGUGGAACUAGAGCUUCAAGAGCGACCACUCUGUCACGAAAACUGUGAAAGCAUUAAGGUCAUAAAUAAGGAUUCUAAAGUCAGCAUGUGUCUGCUACCAAAUGUCAAGGUUAUGAUUAAGCUAUUGCCUAUAUGGACAAUGCUUCUCAUGUUUGCAGUGAUUUUCCAACAACCUGCAACAUUUUUCACAAAACAAGGCAUGACAAUGAAGCGAAACAUAGGUUCAAAUUUCAAGAUACCACCCGCCACACUCCAAAGUGCUAUAACAUUGUCUAUAAUACUAUUGAUGCCGUUAUACAACAGAAUUUUCAUACCGUUCGCGCAGCUGAUAACACGACAGGAAAAAGGUAUAAAUGUGAUGCAAAGAAUGGGAAUCGGAAUGGUACUCUCAAUCAUAGCGAUGAUUAUCGCAGCACUAGUUGAAAUGAAACGUCUUGCUAUCGGUCGACAAAUGAGAAGUGAAGGAUUACUAUCAGAAAUAGUACCAAUAAGCAUUUUCUGGUUACUACCACAGUACAUUCUUCUUGGUAUAUCGGAUAUUUUCACAGUGGUUGGUAUGCAAGAAUUUUUCUACGGUGAAGUUCCGAAGAAUAUGAGAACAAUGGGAAUUGCAUUGUAUACAAGUGUUUUUGGAGUUGGAAGCUUUGUUAGUGCAUUGAUGAUUACACUUGUUGAAGUAUAUACAAGUUCAAAAGGAACACCAAGUUGGUUUUCUGAUGAUAUGGUCGAGGCGCGUUUGGAUAAUUACUAUUGGCUUCUAGCUUGGUUAAGUUCAAUUAGCUUAUUGUUGUAUACACUAUUGUGUAAAUAUUACUAUAAUAAGAGUGAAUCAGAUAGUUAAAACUGAGUUUUAUUUUUUUCUGAUAUAGUUUUCAAGUGUAAUUUUAUCACAAAGUUUGUGGAACAAGUUACCAUUAUAUCAUAUUAAUAUACCAGUAAUUGUAUGA